AUGGUUCACCUGAGCGACCGGCGUGCUAGAGUGAGGUACUUGGGGGAGGAGCACGUAAGAGACACCGGGAAGGGCUGCGUGCAGGGGUCUAUCGGCGGGCCGAUUUUGUGGAACCUGCUCCUGGAUCCACUACUUCGGGAGUUGGAGGCCAAAGGCGACUACGUGCAGGCGUUCGCCGAUGAUGUGGUGUUGGUGUUUGAGGGUGAGACGGCCCUCGAGAUCGAGCGUCGGGCCAAUGCCGCCCUCGAAUGUGUGAGGGCGUGGGGCGUAACUAAUAAACUUCGGUUUGCGCCUCACAAGACAAAUGCGAUGGUUGUUACGCGCAAACUGAAGUAUGACGCCCCGCGUCUUCAUAUGGGCGGGGUCGACAUUGUCUUAGCGAACGAGAUCAAGCUGCUGGGGGUCGUCAUAGACCGGAAAUUAACCUUCAGCGCCCACGUCGCAAACGUCUGCAGGCGCGCGCUCGCCUUUUACCACCAGCUGGCCCGUGCGGCUAAGGUCAGCUGGGGCCUCCAUCCCGAAGUUAUCCGCACUAUUUACAGAGCGGUGGUUGAGCCUGUGAUACUGUAUGCGGCUGCCGUUUGGGCGCCGGCCGUGGACAAGCUAGGUAUUCGCAAGCAGCUGAACGUGGUCCAGCGGGGCUUCGCGCAGAAGCUGUGUAGGGCAUACCGGACCACCUCCCUGAACUCGGCACUGUUGCUCGCUGGGAUACUCCCCCUCGACCUCCGCGUUCGCGAAGCAGCGACCUUAUACGAGGUGCGGAGGGGGGUGCCCCAGCGGAUUAUAGGGGAUCGGGAGGUGGAGCGGAUGUCCUCGGCUCUGUGGUCUCCGCAUCCCGCCUGCCAUAUCGACCUCGAGUUCGAGUGCCUGGCCGACCAAGAUCAAUUUAAAGCGAAUUGCGCAAACGAUUACAAUAUCUUUACGGACGGCAGCAAGAUUGAGGGCAAAGUGGGGGCGGCGUUGUCCGUAUGGGCCGGCGCCGCCGAAACAAAAACCCUCAAGCUUGCUUUGCCGUCCUACUGUACGGUCUACCAGGCGGAGCUCUUGGCGAUAUGCCGGGCGGCGCGGAUGGCCGCGGACCACUUGGCCGGAUCAGUCGGGAUUUAUUCCGACUCCUUGUCGGCACUACUCACAUUGAAAAAUCCGAAAGCCCCCCAUCCCCUGGCCGUCAAGGCGCGGGAACAUCUGCGAGGGGCUUUGGCCCAGAACAGGCGAGUCAGCUUGUUCUGGAUCAAAGCUCACGCAGGAUUAAAGGGGAACGAGCGUGCCGACUAUCUGGCCAAGGAGGCUGCGCUGAAGCUAAAACGCGCCUUCGACUACGACAGCUGCCCGGUAUCAUUCAUCAAGCGGAGCAUUCGUAUGCAGUCGCUUGAUGAAUGGAACCAGCGGUAUCGUGGCGGUGAAACGGCUGGCGUCACCAGGGUAUUCUUCCCUGACGCGAUAGCCGCUUACAGAAUCAUCGGAAAAAUAAAGGUUAAAGGACGGGUUCCUCACCCAGGUUUUGACGGGGCACGGUGGAUUCUCCGAGUACUUGCAUCGUUUCAAGUGCAAGGAGAGUCCAUCGUGCAUCUGCGAUCCUGCGUGUUCGGAGUCUGUCCUCCACGUUCUUCUGGAGUGCCCUGCCCAUGA